AUGGUAAAUAUAUAUGGUAUUGAUGGUAAUAUGUAUGGCAUUGAUGGUAAUAUGUAUGGUAUUGAUGGUAAAUGUGAUGGAGUCAAAGCAGGACAAUGGCUUUCUAAUUAUCUCGAAAAUAGAAUACAAAGGGUUAAGAAUGGUAAAAAAUUUAGUUCAUGGAAACCAAUCACUAAGAGUGUCCCACAAGGAGGUGGAAUCAGCCCGGAAUUAUUCAACUCUUACCCGAGAGAAAUCACAACUUCUUUAAAAUCAGAAAUAUAUCAGUUUGUUGACGAUAUAACCAUAUCUAAAGCCAACCUAUCACUUCAAGUAAUUGCAGAAAAAUUAAAAAAAUUGUUCCAGGAUACAAAAGAUUAUUGUGAAAAAAUAAAAUUGACUAUAAACACAGAUAAGACUCAAUUAAUUAUUUUCAAACCAUCCUGGAAGCAAACACCUGCUGACUACCAAAUUCUAUUAGAUGAAAUAACAAUAAAGCCUGAAAACAAUGUAAAAUUAUUGGGAGUAACAUUAGACCAGCAUCUGACUUUUAAACAGCAGAUCGAGUCGGUAAUAAAAAAAUGCCACUCUUCCCUAGGAAUGUUGGUAAGAGCAUCAGAAAGCCUACCAAAAAAAUUAUUAAAGUUGGUCUACAACGGAAUGGUACUUAGUCAUAUGGAAUUUAUUAGUUCACUCUAUAUUUCAAUACCAAACACCCAUAUAAAAAAAUUAGACGUAGUACAAAAAUUAGACGCAGCACUAGCGGAUCGAAGAAGGAUCAUGCAAUGA